GACGCCUCGGAUCAGGUCAAAUUCCGCGACCUGUUCGACAGCUUCGACACCGACCGCAGCGGCACGCUCGAGGUGGGCGAGCUGGCUCAGCUGGUGUCGCAGCUGGUUCCCGGAGUGAGCGCCGCGGAGGUGCGCUACGUCAUGGCCAUGUUGGACAGCUCCGGAGACGGACACGUCACGCAGCAGGAGUUCCUGGCGGCGGCGAAG